CUUAAACAAUAUCCAUUCACAUUGUCGUGGCAAGAUUUCAUUGCAGGUGCAGCUGAACACCAAAAACUGCGCCACACCUUAUCGUCGCUCUAAUUUUAGCCCGAAUCCAACAUUUAGUUAAUUUGAUGCAAUGUUUUUACUGCAAAACCCUAGAGUAGCCAAAUUCCCAAUUUCAGUUUCUCUUGCUUCUCAUAAUGUACCGAUCAGAGGUUACCAGCGAAGAAUCAGAGCGGACAGCUUUCCGAAAAGCAGAAAAGAAAUACAAAAUCUAUUACGAUAGCACCAAAAAGAAAAAGCUAACAAGACCUGUGGAUUUAUCAGAGGUCAUAGAUUUCAAGUCAAUUUUAGAUUAUUAUAAUUACAACGGUGAACUUAAGGAUGGAGUUUCGGUACUAAAUUGUGAUUUUGAUCGACCUAUUUUCUGCUUGGAAAGUCGGCCAGGUUUCUAUUUUAUUCCUGAUGCCUUGAAUAUUGAAGAGCAAUGCCAAUGGAUAAGGGAGAGUUUGACUAGCUUUCCUCAACCGCCCAAUCGAACAAACCACAAUGCAGUUUAUGGCCAUAUAGAGGAUUUGUUUGUUUCAGCUAAUGAGCGGAGGGUGUUAGUAGAAGUAGAGAGACUUCCGGAUGAUGCUUGUAGUGAGCUUAUUGCUAUGCAGAGUGAUGUGUGUACUCCCCGGUACAAGUUUAUUGAGGAACAUAACGAAUCACAUAGUAAAGACGUGGGCAAAUCAGUUCCUGCUUCUGUUUUGCUGCGUAAGUUAAGAUGGAGUACUCUUGGCUUGCAAUUUGACUGGUCAAAGCGGAGCUAUAACAUUUCCCUACCUCACAAGAAGAUUCCUGAUGCAUUGUGCCAGUUGGCUAAAAGGAUGGCAGCUCCUGCCAUGCCAUGUGGUGAAGAAUUCCUACCCGAAGCUGCUAUAGUGAACUAUUUUGGAAUAGGUGAUAUGCUUGGCGGGCACCUUGAUGACAUGGAAAAAGACUGGAGCAAACCUAUUGUGAGCAUGAGUUUGGGUUGCAAAGCUAUAUUCCUUCUUGGGGGAAAAUCAAGGGAAGAUACACCAAUUGCAAUGUUCCUUCGAAGUGGUGAUGCCGUACUUAUGGCUGGAGAAGCUAGGGAAUGCUUUCAUGGUGUUCCUCGGAUAUUUACUGAUGCUGAAAAUGCUGAGAUAUCCCAUCUUGAAUCCCAGUUUACACAAGAAGAUGGUCAUUCGUAUCUGAAUUACAUUAGAACUUCAAGAAUCAACAUCAAUAUCAGACAAGUUUUUUAAUUGAUUUGUAGCAUGUGUCAAGAAAGAGAAUUUUGUGAGAUCAUUAUAGAACCUGUUCUUUAGCUUUUACAUUAUGUAACACAGAAUGCCGUUAGAUCUUUCUAUUGAGAGCUGUUUACUUAUGUAACUUGUUUUGUGGGUAGAUUAUGAAAUUUUCAUUAUACUCUGAUUA